AUGGGUAACGUGAACGCGAGAGAAGACGCGAAUAGUAACAACGCAUCUGCGGUUGAAGACGACGACGCUCGUGAAGCCAUGUCCGCCGCUUCCGACGGUAACCACCACGCCGCACCACCUGAGCUCAUGGGUCAAUCCCCUCCUCACAGCCCUCGCGCCACCCAAUCCCCUCUCAUGUUCGCUCCUCAGGUUCCGGAGCUUCCACUUCAAAGACCAGAUGAAAUCCACAUCCCAAACCCAUCGUGGAUGCAAACUCCAUCUUCAUUGUACGAAGAAGCUUGCAACGAGCAAGGCAUCCCAACGAUGAUCACUUGGUGCCACGGAGGCAAAGAAAUCGCCGUUGAGGGAUCAUGGGACAAUUGGAAAACAAGAAGCCGUCUGCAGAGAUCUGGUAAAGACUUCACGAUAAUGAAAGUGCUUCCUUCAGGCGUCUAUGAGUACAGGUUCAUUGUCGAUGGACAGUGGAGGCAUGCCCCUGAGCUUCCCAUGGCUCGAGAUGAUGCUGGAAACACUUUCAACAUCUUGGACCUCCAGGACUAUGUGCCUGAAGACAUUCAGAGCAUAUCUGGAUUUGAGCCACCGCAAUCACCAGAGGCUAGUUACAGCAACUUGCUUCUUGGACCUGAUGACUACUCCAAAGAACCGCCUGUGGUUCCACCGCACUUGCAGAUGACGCUGCUGAACUUGCCUCCAGCGAACCCGGACAUUCCAUCUCCGUUGCCGAGGCCUCAGCAUGUCAUUCUCAACCAUCUUUACAUGCAGAAGGGCAAAAGCGGUCCCUCUGUGGUUGCCCUUGGUUCCACUCACCGGUUUCUUGCAAAGUAUGUGACUGUUGUGCUCUACAAGUCCCUGCAGAGGUCUUUUGGAGCAUUCUGGAGCAUAUGGGACGUAAGGAGCAUGGAGGGACUUGGCAUGGACGCAGCUCAACUGGAUACGCAAAGGAAGAAGGGAGAAGCCAUCUUGAAGACCAGCUCGACCACCUACUCGAGUUCCUCAACUCGACCGGCCAAGCUUCAACUCGAUCGAGCUGAGAAGUCAACAGUCAAACCCGAAAAAUGUUGCUUCCCCCUUGACUUUCCUUUGACCCUAAACCUAAUCCUCUUGUAUUUAAAGGCUCUAAGCCACGAAAAAACCACCAAGCUUUAG